AUGGUAGUCGACCCGGUGGCAGUCAAAUCUCCAAGAGGAGGCGAGAUCGGAGGCUUGCACAUGUCCGCCUCUUUUAUGACACAGGUGCCUUCCGCCGAGUCAAUGCUCGACGACACGUCGUCGAGGGAUGAGGAGGACUUCGACCAAAACCAUCCCGAGAUAUCGAACCUGAAGCUUGUCUUCAGCACGCUGGAGCGGGGGCUCCCCUCCCUCCGCCGCGGGUGGCGUACGCCAGAUCCAUCUCCCACGCGGAGGGGUCUUCCCAAGUGUGCCCCUUAUGCAGAGCUCCUCGAAGAGAAAGCGCCGGCCGAGGAGCGUGGACGCGAUGCGCCGAAGGAUGACGAGGGCGACAAUACCCCCAGCCCAGGCAGAGGGCUGCGAUUCCGAACGCCCUCACCAGAGCCGAUCAUGCCCAUGCCUGCUGUGCCAGCCAUCUUCCCUUGGCCCAUCGUGGCCGAAGCUGAGCACGGUCCGACGAGCAUGCAGUACAAAUGGUGUGUCUCCAUCGGCUCCCAGGGCCAUCCGUAUAACUGCGCGCCUGCAUGCAAGUACGCCGCCAAAUCCAAAGGUUGCAAGGACGGCGUCAACUGUGACCGUUGCCACCUGUGUCGACGGUGCGCCGUGUCUUACGCUGAAUGCGUUAAGGAGACGGAAGAGGUGCCGGAGGUGCCCAUCAAAGGGAGGGCGGCCGCGCCACGCGCUGACCUGCGCACGCGGACUCCCUCUCCGAAGGUUGGGCCCAACUUCGUCACGGACUCCUAUUUGCAGAAGGUUGCGCAGGCGCCUGGCCAGUCCCGGGGUCGGGAUUCCGAAUCGCCAGAGGAGGUGGAGCAGAGGGUCUUACACUAUCCCUUGAGCAUCUCUGCUGGCUCGCAAGGACACCCAUUCUCAUGCAGCCCUGCAUGCAAGUACGCAAACCGAGGCAAGGGCUGCAAAGACGGUGCGCAGUGUGACCACUGCCACCUCUGCACAUGGAAAAAGCCCAUCACUCAGAACCGUACCCGCCCGCGGAAGCCGAGGCAGAGAGGUGACGAUGCAUGA